UCUGCCCGCGUCCUGGGCACCCCCUCAUCGGCUGGGCCCGCAGGAGCCCGGUACCCUCGGCAGGCCCCGUACCCGGGCAGGACCCAGGGAGGGUCAGACCUUAGCAGUGGUCGCUAAGGAGGGCCGGACCCCGGGACUGGUUACUGGGGAGGGCGAGACCCCGGGAGUGGGCAGAACCCGGCGAGGACUGGACCCGGGGACUGGUCACCGAGGAGGGCUGGGGCUUUGGGACCAGUCACCGAGAAGGGCUAGACCUUAGGAAUGGUCAUCAAGGAGGGCUGUGACCCCGAGACCAGUCACAAAGGAGGGCCAGACCCCAGGACUGGUCACCGAGGAGGGCCAGACCCAGGACAGGUCACUGAGGAGGUCUGAGACCCCAGAAUGGGUCACUCAGGAGGGCUGGGACUCUGGGACAGGUCACCAAGGAUGUCUGGAUUUCAGGUCGGAUCACCAAGAAAGGCUUAACCUUAGGGAUCAUCACCAAGGAGGGCUGGGACCCAAGGACACCAAGGAGGGCCAGACCUCGGGACUUGUAACUGAGGAGGGCUGGGACCCAAGGACACCAAGGAGGGCCAGACCUUGGGACUUGUAACUGAGGAGGGCUGGGACCCAAGGACACCAAGGAGGGCCAGACCUCGGGAGUUGUAACUGAGGAGGGGUGGGACCCUGUGACAGGUCACCAAGGAGGGCCAGACCCAGGACAGGCCACCGAGUAGAUCUGGAUCUUGGGACUUGUCACCGAGGAGGGCUGGACCCCGGGACGUAUCACCAAGGAGGACUGGGGCCCCAGGGCUUGUCACCAAGGAGGGCCGGGACCCUGAAUAGAUUGCUGAAGGGGGCCGGAUCUUAGGAAUGGUCACUGAGAAGGUCCAGGCCCUGGGACAGGCCCAAGAGCACUUCAGGGACCCAGAUACAGCCACCUCCAAUAGGCUGGAACCCUGGACUACGCCAUGAGGAGGGGUUUUACCAUGGUACAAGUCCCCAGGGAGGGCCAGACCCCUGAGAAGUCACUGAGGAAAUGUCUACUCCCAAAAUCUGGUCUGUGACGAGAGCUGGGGCCCCUUAGCCAGGCCCCUAGAGGGUUGUGAUCCUGGGACGGGAUCCAGAGGCACCCAGAAUCUGGCCAGCCUACUCAACAGGACUUGCCUGCUUUGGGAGCCUGGGCCUCUGGGAUACUGGUCACCUGAGCCCCACAGGUGAAACCCAUGCCCCCUUUCCAUGAGGUCCCUGAGUGCCCUGACAUCAUGAACUCCUGGGCCGACCCCACAGACCUUGAGACCGUUCUUAACUGGGGCCCUGGGGCAGGUGUGAGCCAAGGUUGGGGCCCACACUCCUGGCUCUGGGGACUUGGGCUUCAGGGGGCUCCUAGUCCAUACUGGCUCCAUGGCCCAGGCCAACACUGUGUUCACUCCCCAAACCCAGCAACCUGUCCCUACCCUGCUUUCCCAGCCAAGGCCACUGUCAUUUCCUGUCUGAGCCCUUGGUCAGGGUCUGGCUGCUGCAGCUACUUCUGUCCUUCCCCUCCUCCCAGUGGCAUCACCGAAGGAGCCCCAAUCUCAAGGUCGCACAGGUGCACCCUUAUCCCAAGCCUAGAGGAAUUUUCAGUGUCCAGAGAUUCCAGAAGCACGCAGAAGGGGUGGGUGUGAGCCUGGGUGUGUGGGCUUCUGGGAAUUUGGGGAGUAGUUGGCCCAGAGCAGAAAGUUGGAGCUGGUGAGGUUGCAUGUCAGGUGAGUGAGUCAAGCACCUUCCCCUCUCUCCCUCUCCUCCAGGAAAGGGCAGCAUUAAAGGAUCUUAGGGAGGGUCUUUGUUUCUCUGAAACCUGUGAGUCAGCCUUUCGUCUAGAACUUGUCAGUGUUUUCCUUUUAUUUGGAAGUGAUAAUGAGAAAAUAGGGUGCAGUUUUUACUUCGUGAAAUAUUAAAGAACUGGUGGUAUUUGCUGCCUUUGACUUUGGAAGGGCUCCAGAGUGUGGCAAGUGAAAUAAUUCUGGAAGUGUUCGGAGGGAAUGUAAAGGCCAGGAGGGCAGGGGCUGUGCCCGCCUCAGCUCCCAGCACAGGCAGUCUGGUGUAGGGUCAUAUUACUGAGUGAAGGAAGGAAUGAAAGGAAGUAGGGUAUGCUUUUGGAAAAACGGACUUGGGUUGGGACUGCAGACCUAUGCAGCAGUUGGGCAAUAGAAUGAGGCAUAGUCUGAAACUCUGAGCUUGUAGCAUGGCCUCCAGAGAGACAUCAGACUGGUCAAUUUGGUACCUGGUUUUGUGGUACAGCUUCACUUGUUACUUAGGAGAUUUUAGAUUUCAGAUUUUCAUUUUAGAUUUUACUUUAAUGUUUCAUCUUACUUAAUCACAACAGAAUUGUCUCCCUGAAUAGGCCAGCUUAGAAACUUUCAUUUGCCACAUACAACACUUGGGACCUUUUUACUCAUUGCUUAUUUCUGAUUGGUUCUUUUGAUGUUUAUUUUACUUUUUUUCUUUUUAUUUGCUCUGUAAAAUUUUUGGUAAAAGAUUUAGAAAACUGGUUAGUCAAGUUUGGUUGUUGUCAGCCCCUGACUCAUGGCAGCCCCGCGUACAGUGGGAUGGAAUUGUUGUGAUCCAUAGGGUUUUCAGUGGCUCAUUUUCAGAAGUAGGUCGCCAGGCCUUUCUUCCUAGUCUUAGUCUGGAGGAUCCACUGAGACCUAUUCAACAUCAUGGCAACACACAAGUCUCUGCCAACAGAGAGGCGGUGGCUGCGCGUGAAGAGCAUUGGCCGGGAAUGAAACCCAGGUCUCCCUCAUAGUCGGUGAGAACUCUACCACGGAAUCACCACUGUCAUCUUCAUGUUUCGUUAGGCUCUUUUUUUUCCCAUUUUCUAAUUUUUAAAGGUGUAAUUGUGUCAGGUGGUUGUAUUAUUUAUUGUUAUACAACAGAUCACCCCGGAAUUUAGUGGCUGAAAACACCCAUUUAUUUUCUCACAGUGUCUGUGGGUCAUGAGUCUGGGCACAGCUUAGCUGUGUCUGCUGGCAAGGGUCUCACAAGACUGUGCCGAGGGUGUUGGCCGGGGUUGUGUUCUCAUCUGAUGGCUCAACUGGAGGAGGACCUGCUUCCAAGGACGCUCACGUGGCCGUCGGUGGGCGAUGGCAGUUUUCUGCUGUGCGCGUCUGUCCACGGGGCAGCUCACAGCAUGGCAGCUGCUCCUGUCAGAGAGGGCCACAGAGAGCAAGCAGGAAGUCAGUGUUUUUGUCACCUCACCUUAGAAGCGAUUACCCACCACUUUUAUCACGUUCUGUUUGUUAGAAGUGCGUCACUAGGUCCAGCCCGCGCUCAAGGGAAGGGGAAUGGGGAAUACACGGGGUGCACGCCAGGAGUGGGCCGAGUACCCUGGGGUCUCCCAAAGGCCACCUGACCCAGUGGUGUUGUGAGCCUGGCACCUAUCUGGUUUUUAGCUAACGCGGGGCCUCUACCCAAAAAGCAUCCCGGAAGUAAAUUAACAUGAUUACAUGUAUCAGAAAAGAAAAAAAAAAACCCCAGUCGCUCUCGGGUGGGUUCUGACUCCUGGCGACCCCGUGUGCGGAGCUGGUGACUCCGUGUGCGGAGCUGGCGACCCCGUGUGCGGAGCUGGCGACCCCGUGUGCGGAGUAGGACUGUGCUCUGUAGGGUUUUAUGGCGGAUUUUUGGGAAGUAGAUCGCCAGGCCUUCCUUCUGAGGAGCUUCUGGGUGAACUCGAACCUCCAGCCUUUCGGUUAAUAGCCGAGCGCUUAACUGUUCUCAUCCCCCAGGGACUCCGUGAGUGUACGUGCAGCCGCUGUUAAAUACAAGGUCCCAGCAAUCUGAGUGCCUGCUUAGUUGUACAGGUUCCUCUGGUGUCACCAUAUAGUUGACGUCAUUGUGAUCCAGGGACCAAAUACACGAGGGGACAGAAAUCACAAAUAGCGGUUCUCAGCAAUUGUAAGAUAUCAGGCAGUGUUAGGUUUGGAAUACGCACACCGUCAGACCCCUGCAGACCGACCGUGCGUGUGUAGGUGUGUGUGGCAGUGACUUGGAGUGCUCUGUUGGCGCUGUCCUUGUUAGGUGUGUGUGGCAGUGACUUGGAGUGCUCUGUUGGAGCUGUCCUUGUCACUGGCUUCUGCUGAGGAGGACCUGGGAGUUCUUCAGAGCCUUUUUUUAUUUUUUUCUAUUUUAUUUUGCCCCAGAAAUUCUAAACUGACCUCUGUAGGAAGUUUUCCUUGACCAUUCAAAUAUGUAGGGAAAAUUUUGAGGAGCCCUGGUGGUGCAACGGUUAAGCGCUUGGCUGCUAACUGAAAGGUUGGCGGUUCGAACCCACCAGUGGCUUCCUAGGAGAAGGUCCUAGUGACUGCUGCCAUGAAGAUUACAGCCAAGAAAACCCCGUGGAGCCGUUCUGUUCUGUCAUGAGGGGUCGCGAUGAGUUAGAAUUGACUCGAUGGCACCUAAAAACGGCAGGGAAAAUUUUGAUCCUUGUACGCUUAGUUAUUUGUGUCCUUUUAAGAAUAUGGUAUAAGGUGUGAGAUCAUGAAACUUUUCAGAUAGUUGUUCCUCGUAAGGAAAUCACUACCCAGGGAUUUGCGAGACGUAGGAACUCACUCUGUCCAGGAGCCUGCCAGUCCUGGGCCCAUGCCUUCCAUCCUGGAGAGAGCCCAGACCUCUAGACACCGUGUCUUUUUCUGGCAUUGCCAGGAGUGAGCGUGGCACAGGGCUGGCGAGGCAACCACCCAGAGGCCACAUGGGAGGCCCUCUGGAGGGCUCGUCCCAGGAUGCAGGUACCUGAUCCCACUACGUGGAAGGAGACCCCCCACCACCCUACUCUCAGGACCACCCAAGGCUCCACUUUGGCGUCACCAGCUGCUACCUCCUCAGCCCCCCUCAGGCCUGCAGAGGGGGCUGCUAGUGUGGGAGACACAAGCCAAUGAUUGGAAUUAUGUGGGUUGUUCGAUUUGGAUUAUAAAGCGAGGUGUGCUUGUGGGCCUAUACCGUGACUUUUUAAUCUGUGAAAUGGCAGGAUUUGUUUCAUUUGGAGACUUAUUGGGUUAACUGUCAGAAUUACAUUUAAAGAUGUAAUUGUUCUGUGACUAUUGAAGAACGUCAAGGUGUAGGGAUAGUUUCCUAUUGUUUGUUUCUCACUGUGCUUUUAAUAUUUGCUGUGACCACAGCAAAGAUGCCGCACGGUGCUUCAAACUAUGGGGUGAUUAUUCUUCGAUUCUACAAGUUAAUAUUUUAUCUUCAAAUUGGAAAAAGACAUUUGGUCUUUCAGAAUGAUAAAACGCUAUCUUUUCUGCCUGCAGCUUUUCUCCUUACAGAACUGAACGAUACCAGAGCCACAAUGACAGAGAAGAACACCCACGAGAGACUUAACCUAUGAGGACAGAGGACUGAGGCUUUCAAAAUGUAGUAUGCGAUUCUAGGCUGCCACUUACAGAAAAUGGGAAAAAAGCCAGGGACCGAAGGAAGGAGCAGACGUGCAGAACCUGAGUACAGAGUGAAGCAGCUAACAAGAAGCAGUAACGUGGAAACCAUCGCCUAAAGCGAUCCAUGCGAAGGCAGAGAGGAGGAGAACCCGGCAUCUAGAGGAGAAGCCAAAGAUGUUGACCAGAAAGAUUAAACUUUGGGACAUCAAUGCCCAUAUCACGUGCCGCCUGUGCAGCGGCUAUCUCAUCGACGCCACCACCGUAACCGAGUGCCUGCACACCUUCUGCAGGAGCUGCCUGGUAAAGUAUCUGGAAGAAAACAACACCUGCCCUACGUGUAGAAUUGUCAUCCACCAGAGCCAUCCUCUGCAGUACAUUGGUCAUGACAGAACCAUGCAAGAUAUUGUUUACAAAUUGGUACCAGGCCUCCAAGAAGCGGAGAUGAGAAAACAGAGGGAAUUCUACCACAAACUGGGCAUGGAGGUACCUGGAGACACCAAGGGGGAGGCUUGUUCUGCAAAACAGCACUUAGAUUCUCAUCGGAAUGGUGAAACCAAAGCAGAUGACAGCUCCAACAAAGAAACGGCAGAAGAGAAGCAGGAAGAGGAUAACGAUUAUCACAGAAGUGACGAGCAGGUGAGCAUCUGUCUGGAAUGCAACAGCAGCAAACUCCGAGGGUUGAAACGGAAAUGGAUCCGCUGCUCGGCCCAGGCGACAGUCUUACAUCUAAAGAAGUUCAUCGCCAAAAAACUUAAUCUUUCAUCUUUCAAUGAGCUGGACAUAUUAUGCAAUGAAGAAAUCCUUGGCAAGGACCACACACUCAAAUUUGUAGUUGUCACUAGGUGGAGAUUCAAGAAAGCCCCUCUACUGCUGCACUACAGACCCAAGAUGGACCUGCUGUGAGUGGUGGGGCUCGCCGCGCAGCACAGACUUGGCCCGCGCACCCGGGCGCCCCACAGACAGACCGCGUGGCCGGGCGGGAGCGCACACGGCGACUUCACUGCAGACAGAACGUCGCCUCCGGGUGUCGCGCGGACCAGAUUUCUGAAUAGAGAAUAUUUAUAACUUUUUGUAUGAGAGAAUUCACAACUCAACAAGACACUACCAGCACCGCGUUCACAGAUGAUGAAAACACUUCACAGUCCACGUAGCCGGAGAGCGCUCGCCUCCCUCCUGGCUUCCGUUCGCAGGCGGCGGCCUCCACGCGGUGGGACGCCCAGGGACAAGCUCACCUCUGACACAGACAGCCUUUGCUUGCUUUCCAGGUCCUGAAAAUCUCAGUUCGUUUCAGUUCAGUUCAUGAGUUCGGUUUCACGAUAAGCCUCAAAAAUACGUGUACUUCUCUUGACUCCUUCCUAACUUAUUGAAAAAAAUCCCUUCUCCUGGUGAAUGACGAUAUUUAUGUUGCCUUUAGCUUCUUGAAGACUUAGAAAAUAUAUAAAAAUUUUAAUUUAAAAGCAUACCAAAAGAGGUUUCCAUUAAUAUUAUGAUUUAACCGUGGUAUUUAAUUUUCCACAUGAUAACACAGAACAAAGAGUAGCUCCCCUCACUUACCUUUGGGCUGUGUGACAGCCUGAGGCCGUGAUCACUUAGUGUAGCUGCCCACGCUCCUGGGGCCCGUGGGGGGCAGACACGUGCCCCCUGGGCCGGGCGUGGGGCCCAGGCGGGAGCGAGGCACCUUCGUCACCAGAAUGUACCACUGUUCAUGAAGACAGGGCGCUUGAAGUCAUGUUCAUUCUUCUCACUGCGUUCAGCAGGCUGGACUAGGGGUAGCUUUACCCACAUAACACUGGUGUGCAGAACAAGUCCUGUUUUUAAAAAUCACUUUGAUUAAAAUGGGUACACAUGGUCCCAUGCCAUCAUUUCAUUUCCCGUUUUCAUUCUGCUGCGAGAGAGGUAGUGUGGUUUGUGUUGUUUCUUUAGGAGCCCGAUGCAGUAGGUGAGUCUCCUGAACGGCACGGCCACAUUGCAAGGGUGAUGCUUGUUGGGGAAAGCCAGCGUGUUUACACGCAUCCCACCUCUGACACCCACGGGCACACACGUGGCUUCGACCAUGGUCCCCCUUAAAGCAGCCAGGUAUCUGGAUAAUUGCCACAGUGCCCCGUUCCUUGCUGUUCACGGAAAGACCUCGUUACUUCACGGCUGCCGUUAACGGAAGUGGAUUUUAUAAGCCCAGCACUUGAGAUACCUGGGGGUAGGCAGGUCGAGGGACUCGGAACGAAACCCAUUCCGUGCAGUAGAAGUGGCUUUUUGAGUUACUCCAUAACCUCCAACACCAGCCACAGUCAGCAGGCACUUUUGUUAACCCCUCACCCCUCCCAAAUGUUAGUAUUUUUACCAAAUUAGAGAAUAAACCGUUUCCCUGCACAUAAACACUUGUUCCUUUAAGAUAAUAACUCAAAAUUGUGAAGGCAAGAAUGAGGAGAAAAGAGCCAUUUUCCAGAGUGGCUCAAGGUCUUGGCGUUUUCACUGUUACCUCCUGAAGUCACUUCAUCCAGACGUUGUGUGUUUAUUUCUUGGUGAACUUUUGGGUUCCUCAUCCCCUUUUUGUAAACCUUUACCCCACGGUACAAGGUGGGCCAGUUUAACCUGUGACAGGUGCCGUUGGUGCCAACUGUGUCAUGACCCAGACAAGGCUGCCUUGUGCCCUGGGUGCCGAGGUGGGUGUCCAGAGUGGUUCUCUGACGGGGUCCCUGAGAGCUCGGUUCUUCAUGAAGUGUUUCAUGUUAGUGACUAGCAUUUUUUUUUUUUUUCUUGAAUUUUCUUUGAAAGUUACGGUUGGGCUCAUCAACAUUCAAUUUUGUUUGCUUUUUCUUCUGCUUCCUAUGUCAUAUACAGAAAACGUUGGAGGCAGCUACUAAUGAGACCUAAUUUUAGUUGUGAGAAACACAUUCAAAUUAAUUCAGCCCAAGUGAUUUUAAUGUAAGGCCUUUUUAAAACAUAGAAACAGGUUCUUUGUUCGGAAUUGUUCAAAACGCGCCUGUUUUAGCCCAUCAGCUCCCAGCACUGUUUGAAUCGUUCAGUUACCUAAGCUUGCUAUUCAUCCAAGCCAUUUUUUAGAGUCACUCUCCAAGGGUUUAAAGAGUAGAUAUGUGUGAGUAAAUAUUACCUGUCUACCUCAAAUAUGCACACUGCUGAAGCAUUCUGUCAUACCGUGUGUUAUCAUCCCAGGGCAGUUUUCAGUAUACUGUUAGAAUUUAGGUAUUUUCCCAUGUGCUGAAACUGAGGAAAAAGUAAACGGCAUGAACAUCCAAAUUCAAAUAAAAUUAACUCGCAGUUCAGAUUCAA